GCUGAAUUUAAGGUUUCAAGGUCAAGCGUUCCGAACAUGGAUCAGUGUGGGAUUAGAAGGCUUGUAGAUGACUUAGUGACGUGCACAAAACGGGAAAGAAAAAAUAAUGUCUUCAGACUUUUGAAUAUUUUACAAGUCUCGACUAAUCGGCGAAUCAUUAGCGCCUGUUCCGACAAAAAGUUCCAAAACAGUAACCUUCGAGUCGUUUCAUGGAAUUUCAUAAUCGAGAGCGUAGUACAAGUUAUGAUAACUGAACUUCCAUCUCCCAGCGGUCGCGGGAAUGUGAAUGAAUCACGUUUAAAUAUGGAACUGACUCCAUACUUAAAGAUUUUGCAAAUUAUUGCUUUGCAUGGAUCCAAAGGAAAUUACCCAAUCAAUUUAAAUGAUUUCGCGCUCUUCUUCCUUCAGAUUGUUAAAGAUAAGAGUGUUGCUUUCCUUCACCAAGGACUUUUUAAUACUUUGUGUGUGUUUCUGUCGGAAGCGCGUUUAAAUACAAUUAUUUUAGACACGAAAUAUCGAAACAAUCUUAUAUUUUGGUGUUGUGAUCAACUGAACAGUUCAACGUCGCUACCGCCAGCUCGUUUAUUGUGCUUUUUGGUUCGACACUACUCUGAAAGUCAUUCGCUGCCAUUUCAUCACAUCUCAGGCACACUAAUCAAGUUUAUUAAAAACUGUGAUUCACUGGUCGGUCAAUCCAAAAACAUAUUCGUUACAAACCUUGGUUGGGUGUGUCAUUUGCUCCGCUGGUUACUCAGUAAUGUGUACACCAGCAUAUCUGAUUGGCAAGAAGCAGUUUUGAUUAUAAAUCAGACGAUUCCUAGUUUUAUAAACUUGGUAUUCAACGAAAAUCAAACCAGCUGUACAUUUUCCAUCAAUCUCGGAAUUUCCGACAAAACUAAAGAAAUAGAUCCUUCUCAACGUUAUAACGUUUUGCAGUUUCAUUCCGAAGCAUGGUCAAAAGAAUCGACAUGGGAUUCACUUUCUCUAGCUUCAUCUUUUACAACGAUUUUGAAUUCAGCACAACACCGUAAAUCUCUCAAUAUCACUGGAGGAAAUACACUAGACUUUAUCAAACAAACCAAGUUUUUCCUGAUAGAACAACUCCCAAAACUUUGCAGGGAUACUCAAUCAUCAAAUAUCAUUCAUGAAAGCACUGAUUUAAGCACUCAACAAGAACUAUUUUGUCUUUGGCGCUGGAUGUUCGUGUUUUGUUAUUAUAAACGUUCUUUUGGACAGAUAACGACGUGUCAAGAAAACCGCACAGGGUCUUCUGUUCUACACAAGUAUUUGCUUCACGAAUUCAAUUCAAUCACUUCUCGUCUAAGUUUUCAAAAUGAAGACACUUGUUGGAAAACCGUCAGUGGUCUUAGGAACUUCUUUAGUCUAUUUGCAGCAGUAUUAGUUAUGGAAUAUGACAAGAAUUCGUCAAAUUAUGAUAAUAAGAGUGAGAUUGCCAAUAAACUCUUUGGAGAACAAAUCGAACAUGAUACUCCGGAAAAUCAGAGAGAACAAAAAAGGGCUCGCUUUGAAGUCGGUAAUUCAGAUCCUGGGACAUUUGUGUCCAGUGGUCUCCUAUGGGAUAACCUUGUCAACCUUACCAAUAACAAUACGAAAUUCGGUUGCUUAUGGUGGCUUAUUAUUGAUUGGAUUAUCCGAUUCAUGUGGCAAAAUACUUUGAUCAUACGUUCUGAAGGCAAAAAAUAUGAAUUAUAUACUGAUAUUGAAGCUCUUCUUAAGAUCAUCUCAACUUCGGUAAAGGUUAACCGAAUAGCAUUAGCAAACGAAUGUUUGGUUACCAUGUUACAUACACUUGUCGUUUUAUUGAAUUACGAAUUAUACCAAGGCUCAAUUUCUCAUGUUCCAUUAGAUAGUGUGUUAUCAGCUUAUAAUGAAAUAUGGGAGUUUGCUGUUAGUUUAUUUGAACAAUGUUCUUUACAACGGAAUCGUUUACAAGGUCAUAAACGUGAAGGUUCUUUGUCGGGUUAUCGGUUUCUAAAUCAUGAUCGAUUAGUAUGUAAUCUUCUGUCAGCUUUAUUCUGUCUUCACAAUUCUACCAGAAACAAUCAUUUUCAGUGUGUAAAUGUAUCUAACAUUUGUUUGCGCAUAUUUACGUCGCUAAUGAGAUGUUUAGAUUUAGACACUAGUCAUUUGAACAAUUCACCAUGGCGUGUUCGGCUGAUUGUUUUAAUUAGUACUUGCCUAAAAUUACCGCGAAACUUGAUUCCUUGUGAUAUUUUUUCAAGUGUUUCUACUAUACCUAAUGUUCUAUUAUUUAAUCCGGGUAUCCUUUUUCUAUUAUACAAUUAUACAAAAGUUUGGAACACUGAUGAUGAUCUUGCUGAAAAGAACACGACAAUUGUGCAGGUACCAACAGAAAUGAGUAUUUUACUAACCGGUAUUCUAUGGGCAUAUAAAAUCUAUUUAAUAGAUGAAUUUGCUCCUACUAUUCAUUCUUCUAACCCAUGGUUUCAUACAGGAAGUAAUCUGAAUCAACCAUCAUUUAGUAAUCAAGAUCAUAUUGAAGCUAUUGACUUUAUCAGAAAAAAUAUAUCAGUUCACACUCGUCUGAAUGCAAAUUUAUCACUCACAGAUGAAAAUAUAUUUAGUUUAGUUAAAUGUAAAUAUCUGGAUGAGUUACCAUCAUGUUACGCAGUUAUGUUAGAGCGAGUUUUGAAACAAAUACUAGACAAUUUAAUAUCUAGUAAGUAUCAAUGGUGUGAUUCAGUAAAAAAUGAUAUAACCAACUUUUCUGUUCAACUUAAUACGGAUGAUUUUAAUCAAAAAUUUAAAAAGUUGGAAAUGUUUGUUAAAUCUUUAGAAAUUCUAUUGGAAUUAUUAACGUUUAGCAUAGACGAUAUAUCAUGGAUCUCAUCAUCACAAUUAAAUCAAUUAAUACUUUUGUCCACCAGUUAUUUCAGUUUUUCAACAUCUGAACGAUUAAUUUCUGAAAAUACAUUUCAACCAUUAGCUGUUUCUAGCCAAGUGAAGAAAACUAAUUUUGGUGAUGAAGAUUUCGAGGAUACUGAUUCUUCUGUUACCGUGGAAAUAACAAAUAAUCAAGAUAAUUCAGAAGAAAUUAACUCACGUAAUAAUUUGUAUCAAUCGGUAAAAUUUCAAAUCUUCAAUUCAUUAUUUUUAUUUAGUCUUCGAUGUAAAAACGUAAGCUUACUGAAACAAAUUUAUCAGUCAUUGCACGAAUCAAUAUCUAAAAUUGUUUUAAAUGAUCAUGAUCCUAUUAAAUGGUUAUCUAAACUUACUAGAAACAUAUCUCAAUCUAUGUAUAAAACAUUUUCUGAUAAAAAUUAUGAUCAUAACUUAAACAGUGAUUUUGUUGAAAUGAUUACUUACUUUAUUAGUUCUAUAGUAGAUACUAUUCGUGAAAUUCUGAAAUCUCUUCUAGCACGUUGCAGUCAAUAUUUGUGUAUUAAUUUAAUUGUUAAAUUGAUUCGUUCACUUUGUAUGCUGUCAAAUAGAAAUGGUCAUUGGAAAUUGAUCGGUCAACAUAUCGAUCAACUAAUUCGAACUGUUUGGUCUGUUGGUUCUAAAUUCUCUGGGAAAUCUUUACAAGGUUUCGAAGUCGCUACUGUAGAUUGUCUUAACUUUUGGAUAAAUCUUUAUUCCGGAAACAUUAUUGAUAAACAAAAUAAUCCAGAAUAUUGUCUAGUUCCAACAGUUCAACAUAUUGUACCUAUUGCAACUUUUCAAUUAGCGAAAUUUCUCCAAAGCCUAAUUGUGAAAUCGGACAAUUUUUCCUGGUGUCAAAUCAAUCAAUGUGCUGUUCUACAGCUUUGUCAAACUUUACUCCAAUUGCUCUCAUCUACAAAGUUCAAUUUCAUAUCAUUAAAAACAGAAACUGAUACAACAUCUCCGUCUGUCAAUUUGAAUUUCACAGUUUAUAUAUAUUCAUUAAUCUUGAAACUCUUAACUGUCCUGUCUACUCAUACUUGUACUAUUAACGAAAAUCAGUGUCCUUCAUCAUCAUCGGAUAGAAUUCUAUCUAUGCUAUAUCCUGAAUUAGAAUGUCUAACUGUAUGUUGUACUCAAAUGACUAUAAUCUACAAUAAAGAGGAAGUGAACGGUUGCUGUCAGAUAAACGAGCUCAUUAUUGAAAUUUUGGCUGGAAAUGAUAUAACUUAUUUCCGUCAACAUAUCCGACCUAUUUUAUUACCAUUAGUACUUAGACGUUGGUUGAAUAACUUCAGUGUUAGUGGAUCCAGGCUAGUGGAAUUCUUACCAAUCUUCCCUUGGAGAUGCUGGGGAAUAACCGAUUUCCAGGAGGCUCAAAAGGAAAUUUGUCCAGUUUUUGGGAAAUUGGCUUUGACUGAUUUCUAUGAACCUACUAUCAAAUUGCAGAAUAUCAAGAUGAUUAGCUCUCUUUUUACUGAUCAUGUUCCUGAACUGGUGGGUGCUAUUCUUGUCCAUUCAAUUAUGCAAAAUAUGGAUGAUAACAGUAGACUUCCACAAUGGCAUAUAAUCACAGAAUUGUGUGGCGGAUCUAAGCUUACUCAUACAACUUUGUUAAAAGCAACAAAUGUAUGUAAACUAAUUCAUUGUUUGCUUGAAUUACGCGUACUUUAUGAUAUGCCAAACAAAUCUACUGGUUCUUCACAAUCUCUUACAAGUCAUCACUAUCUUGGAUCAUUUCUUAUUAAUUGCUUAGCCAAAUUAUACAUUAAUUUAAAUUAUGAUCAGUCGGCAUCUACUAAUCAGAUUUCAGAUACAAAACAACAUCAUUUACAGUAUGCCUAUGAUCUGAUUAGUUCAUGUCAUAUUAAUUCAGACUUAGUCAAUCGUCUUUAUCAAAUUGGUGUACGGUUUCUUUGUCCACAGUCUACUAUUAAUGUAUCACAUCGUUUAAUACCUUAUUGUUUACGACUAACGUGUUGGUGUGCAAUAUCGAAUCUCAUUAUAUCUUUACUAUUCAAUAUCACCUCAUCAUAUGAUUCUGGUGAUGAUGAUGAAUUAAGAUUAGUGCGAGAGUUUUCUGUCUGGAUUUUUGUAAAUGGACACGUCAGUCUGCUGGCUAGUGAUUUAACUCGUAUUGAACACCUUGAUGAACUUCUUGAUUCGUUUCAUUAUCUAUUUGUUAAAAUUCGUUCAUUCUCCUUGUUUCAACAAAAUCCAAAGUUACUCAUUAGUAUACAUCAUUCAACUGUGUAUACGCUUAGAAAUUUAGCUAAAAAUCUCUUACAGUCAAACAAACAAUUUCAGUCAACCUAUCCUGAUGGAUUGAAACGAUCACUUUUAAAAAAGGUGGCAUCGAUUUUAAACUUACUUGUCGGCGAAAAUAAGCCUUCCAUUUUCAAUGAAGCAGUACGUCAGUUAUGCGAUUUUCCUGAUAUUGAGAAAUGUAACUGCAUCGAUUCCUCAUCCACUAGUACAUCAUACGUUCCAUUUUUGGGAGAGUAUGAAAAAUCUCUUAGCUGCCUAUCAACACGUAAUAGAGAAAAUAUUCAACAGUUCUUACAAAUAGUUUCGAAUGAUUUGGAAUUAUUUCAUAUCGUUCAUUCAUCCCAAUUAUUAGUUUAUCCUAUUAAGAUGUUUGAAGAGUUAUCUUUUAAUAUGUCAACUAUAUUUAAUGUUAUACAAGGGAAUAAAUCAACAUUCAAAUUUGAUAUGCUAUUUCAACAAGUAAAAUCUAUACUAAUGGAACAAUCUACAGAAAAUAAGCAAAGGCAUGUUAGUUCGACGGUUACAAAUAUGAAUAAUGUAGGAAAUGGUGGAGAUAUGACAGAAAUAGAUUUUUCAAAUUUGACCAAGUUAACGAAUAACUUGGAAACCAUUCUCAACCCUUCAAAACCUGACAAAUGGUUCCAGAGAUUACCGACUCUUUUGGAUUCUAAGAUUGAAGGAUCUACUCUACACUGUUUCAGUCUUUUAAAACAAGUCACGAAUUCUUUCACUCUCUCAAGUUUCAAUCUUAUAGAUCCCGCAAGUAGAGGUUUUAACUAUGGAGUUCCUGAGAGUGAUGAUUUUCUGGAUCCUAUGUUUUAUGUGAAACAACAGAUUUUAUCAACUAUUGUCUGUGCAAUUUGUAUUCCGAAUUCAUUAAUUACUUUGAGUGCAUCAGAAGUAUUACAUGGAUUGUUUGAUCAGUGUUCUUGUUUGGUCAUUUCGUUACUGACACACUCCAGUGAAAAUCAGUUACCAACAUAUCUACAUACUAUUCUAGCUCCUUAUAUCCAAGGAACUGAUAUUUCUAGUCGAUCUACAUCAACUCGAAAUAAAAAUUCCGUAUCACUUAUUCAAAAACUGGAUCUUAAAGAGAAGGCCCAAAUUUUGGAAAAUUACCAGUGUUAA